AAAAGAAAAGAACUUCACCCUUCUCCAAGAAGUCAAGUUAUAGCACCAACAAUUGAGUCUUCCGUACACAAAAAGCUCAUAAACUCGCUUCUUCAAAAAUCCGUCUUCAAAACAAAUCUCUCAUAAACUGCCUCGGAGCUAGCUAGCCAGCCAUCAAAACAACCCAUCCACCAUGCCUUCUUCAGAAGCUACUCGCAAGAGCAUCAAAAAGUACUUUGGCCUUGGUGGCUUGUUUGCCAUGGGUAACAAUGGUCCAUUCACUAUGCAUGACGUUGAUCCAGAUCUCUUCCCAACAAUCUGGUCCUUCAUUGCCGAAGUUUUGGAAACCGAAGUGGGCUUGAACCGUUUGGUAAUGGAAGAAUUGUCUAUCUUUUACAGCAAAAAGAAUGAUUGUCCUAUUUGUAUCUUUGCUCACACCUUGUUGGAAGAGGCUGCCAAGGCUGUGGACGAUGAAGAUGUCAAAAUCUCCAGUCAAGCCAGGGCUUAUGCAGAAACUGUCUACAUGGCCACCACCUUGGGUGAACCCAUCCCAGAUACAGAUCAGCUCGUCAAGAUGUACCCAGAUCUGUCGGAAACCAACCGGGCUGAGAUUGCCAUUGUUCUGCUAGUGUACCAAUACAUGAACCGCGUUGUCCGGGCUCUGUUGGGCGAACAUGUUUCCACAGCCAUGUUUGGCAUUCCUCGUCCUGUUGCCGCAGUUGUGGAGAAUGAAAAUGGCUAUUGGUUCUACAAGAAGGUGCUCAAACCCAUCCUUUCCCAGGGUAUGAAGAAAAAGGGUGAGCCUGGGAUUACCCUAAAUCUCUUUCCCAAGGAAGCAGCUGACUUUGAGCUCCCAUUUCACUUGGCCGAUGCGGAGUUGGCUGGACAUGAACGUGCCCGUUCAUUGGCCCGCCUCUACAGCCUGAUUGACAAGCUCUACAACAGCAAGAUCAGCAAGAUUGUUUCCAGCAAAGUCAUUGCAAUCCUGGAUGACCCAGACAACCAGGCACCCAAAGGAGUAGGAACAACCAAAUACUGGGCUAUGGUGCACAUGCCAGACCAGGUGUUCAAGAAGCAGUUGUCCGAGAAGAUUGAUCAGAGAGUGGCACAGGUUCUCCUCUUGAUUGAUAUCAUGCCUGAUGCCCUGAUGGAAUCCUCCUGCUGGAAGAAGGCCAGAAAGCAGUUGGGAGAUGAACAGGCACGGCUUAUUGUAUUCUGGUGGGCACUACGGUGCACACUUGUCAUGCAGGCCAAGGGAUUGACACCACCUGGUGAUGAAGCUGGGACAAAGUCUGUGACAGAGUUUUCAGAAGUAUCCGACAAAUUCUACAUGUAGGUUUGGUGGAAGGAUGAGGAAGGAAGGAGGUUCAGUCUAGCUAGGUUGAGAUGGAUGCCAAGCAUGCAUAAUAGAUAAUAGCCAUUGAUUCAUUUG